AUGCUAGUGCAAAAGUUUAGGCGAUAUAUUUCGUUGUAUCCAGUGCUAGGAUUGCUCGGCUGUGCUCAAGCUCUCACAGUGGUACCAAUAUGUAAUUCAUCAAUAUAUUGCUCUGGAGAUCUUCUUCAUAGAGUACAGUUGGCGCGGAUUUUCCCCGAUUCUAAAAAUUUCGUAGAUUUAAAAUUACAAUAUUCUGAAAAUGAAACCUUGGCGGAUUUUGCUAAACUCAUGCAGGAUACGAAUCAAAAUCCAUCACGAGAACAGCUUGCAAUAUUUAUAGAUCAACAUUUUUUACAAGGUAAUGAAUUAGAAGUAUGGAAGCCACUAGAUUUUGACCCUGUCCCGACAAUCCUUCAGCAAAUAUCAGACCCUAAGCUACGUAUAUUUGCAAAAAAUAUUAUUUCUAUAUGGCUAAAGUUGGGACGAAAAGUGCAAGAAGAUGUCAAGAUUAAUUCAGACCGAUAUAGUUUUUUAUACGUACCAAAUGGAUUUAUUGUGCCUGGAGGUCGAUUUAAGGAAUUGUAUUACUGGGAUUCAUUUUGGAUGAUACGCGGGCUUCUAAUAAGUAAUAUGUUGCAAACAGCCAGAGGUAUGAUCGAAAAUUUAUUAUACUUAGUUGAGAAAUUUGGAUAUAUUCCCAAUGGAAGUCGCGCAUAUUAUCUAGGAAGAAGUCAACCGCCGUUAUUGGCAGCAAUGAUGGCUAAUUACGUUUCUACUACAAAAGAUCUUGCGUGGCUCGAACGACAUAUUGGAACAUUAGAAAAGGAAUUACAAUAUUGGUUGAAUAUGAAAAAAGUAACAAUUGAAGUCAAUGGGAAAAAAUAUAUAUUAUUGAGAUAUAUAGCUGAUAGAAAUAUAAUUGGGCCGCGGCCAGAAUCUUAUUAUGAAGACUUUACAAACGCUCAAAUCUUGCCAAAUGAUAAUUUACGUCAAGAGUUUUAUACGGAAAUAAAAAGUGCAGCGGAAAGUGGAUGGGAUUUUUCCACUCGAUGGUUUGGAACAGCUGGUAAGGAGGUCAAUGGCAACUUAACUAAUAUACACGCGACACAAAUUGUACCCGUCGAUUUAAAUUCCAUCUUUGCGGGAGCUCUUCAACUCGCUGGUGAUUUUCGAAAUAAACUAAAAGACCGACGUGAAGCUCAAAAGUGGUGGAGCUUAGCAAAGUAUUGGCGAAAAGCUAUUGACAAUGUAAUGUGGAAUGCCGUCGAUGGAGUUUGGUAUGAUUAUGAUAUACAAACAAAGUCACCUAUAAAAUAUUUCUAUCCGAGCUGUGCUACACCACUGUGGGCAAACGCUGUUGAGGAAUACGAUGCGCCUAAAUAUGCAGCAAAAUUAGUAAAGUAUCUAUUAUCUUCCGGAGCACUUAACUUUCCUGGUGGUAUCCCUGCCUCAAUUCUACACUCUGGUGAACAAUGGGAUUUCCCUAACGCAUGGCCUCCGUUGCAAAGUAUUUUAAUAGGUGGGUUAGAUAGAAGUGGUAACAAUGAAGCAAAACAAUUGGCACGUGAACAAGCUAAAAUAUGGAUACGAUCGAAUUAUAUAGGAUAUAGUACUUGGCAAAAGAUGUUCGAGAAGUACAGUGCUGUCCAGCCAGGUCAUCAAGGUGGAGGAGGCGAAUAUCAAGUCCAGGAUGGUUUUGGGUGGACCAAUGGCGUAAUUUUGGAACUUCUCCAAAGAUAUGGCAACGAGUUGACGGUACACGAACAACCAGUCGUUGCAGUCCCGACAGUUAACAUCAUUCUA